CCUCCACUGAACACGGGAAACCGGGCGACACUUUAAGGCCAUGUUCUCUGAGUGGCAGGAGUGUACAGUUAUUAACACUGUGCACGUCAUCAUGGCUGCCCUGAAGUACGUGCUGGGUCUUCUGGCCCUCCUUGUGGUGUCUGCCUGGGCGGAGGAGGAGGAGUUGUCGGUCGGUGAGCUUCUGUGGGAGGCGAACAAGGAUGUUGAGCACACUGAGGAUGAGCCCUACGUUGUGGAUGACAUUGCUUAUGACAACGAGAUGGAGAGGAACGCUGACCCUUGCACCUCCCGCGGAUGCAUGUGGUCCAAGUCCGCCGACGGCAAUGUCUACGUGCCCUACGCUAUUGCUAACCAGUACUCCUCCCGCGAGCUGUCAAUCAUUGAGCGCGGACUGCAGUCCUUCAGCAGCAUCUCCUGCAUCCGCUUUGUCAAGCGCACCGGCCAGAGAGACUACCUCAGCAUCCAGUCCCUCAACGGAUGCUACUCUUUCGUUGGUCGCCGUGGUUACGCCCAGACCGUGUCCCUGAGCCGCAGCGGAUGCAUCUACCACAACACCGUCCAGCACGAGCUGCUCCACGCCCUGGGCUUCAACCACGAGCAGACCCGCUCUGACAGGGACAACCACAUCCGCGUCCUCCUGCAGAAUGUCCAGUCUGGCAUGGAGCACAACUUCGAUAAGAUCAACACCCUGAACCAGGGAACCCCUUACGACUACAAUUCUGUCAUGCAGUACCACAGGUACGCAUUCUCCAAGAACAACAAGCCUACCAUGGUGCCCAUCCCCAACCAGAAUGUUGAGAUUGGCAAGGCCACCCAGAUGAGCAAGAACGACAUCAUCAGGCUCAACAGGCUGUACAAGUGUUAAAGUAUUACCAAGACAACCCUGAAGAUCCACAGACUGAAAAAAUGCAGAGGACCAACCACACUGUAAUGCAUUUCUAGGGUUGUUUCCCCUCAUUUUAACGAGAGUUAACGUUCUGCUUUGAAUGCCACCAAUAAACCUUAAGCAGAACACCAAAGACUCGCUUGUUGUGUGUCUCAAAAUGUCACCAAAUUUCAAAGCAGCUUUGCUUUAGAUUCUGUAGCCUGACCAUUGCUCCUGUAAAACAAGGAAGAGGGUGCUUUGCUUUUCAAGCUGAGGACCGGAGUGUGAAUAAAUGAUAAUCAUUCCAAA